AUGGCUUCACCAUUCUUUGAAAGGGGCCUUGCAUGGCUACCGUACUUUAUUGUAGCUCUCUUUACCUGGUUUAUUAUCUCUUCUAUUUUCUCUUGGUAUCGUCUUCGACAUAUCCCGGGUCCUUUUGCCGGCAAAUUCUCAUAUCUAUGGGUAGCUUACAUCACCAUCACCGGAACACAGCAUGAUCACUUGGUCAACCUCAAUCGACGCUACGGACCCAUGGUCAGAGUCGGUCCAAACGAGAUCCUGGUCGAUGACCCAGACUUGAUCCGAAAAGUCUCAAGUACUAAGAAUACAUAUACCAAAGGAAACUGGUAUCUCGGCGGCAAAUUCAAUCCUUAUCACGACCCCAUGUUCCAGAUAACAGACCCAGUCCCGCAUGAUCGCCUCAAGUCGAAGCUAUCUCCCGCAUACAGCGGACGCGAUGCUCCCAAUCUUGAAGCUGUAGUCAACAGACAGGUCGGUAAUUUGAUCCAGCUAAUCAAGGAGAAAUACAUCUCUACCCAAGGAGAUUAUCGUCCGAUGGAGGGAACCAGAGUAUCACAUCUUUUUACACUAGAUGUUAUAUCGAAUCUAUCCCUUGGUCAAGAAUUCGGGUAUCUCAAGGCUGACUCUGAUUUUCACGGGAUCGUCAAAGCGCUCAGUGAGCAUUUAUUGAUCAUGACGCUUGCGACAGAUAUUCCAUGGCUGAGAAAUUUAAUCUUCUCGCCAAUGUUUCUGAAGCUGUUUGGGCCGACUGAGAAUGACACCAAGGGGAUUGGCCCGCUAAUGAAAGUCGCGAAUACCAUUGUUCGCGAGCGAUAUGCUCCUGAAGCCGACGAUCAGCGUGAUAUGCUGGGCUCGUUCAAGAGACAUGGUUUGAAACUGGAGGAGUGUCAGGCUGAAUCUCUGUUCAUGUUUUUAGCAGGAUCGGAGACUACUGCCUCUGUGAUACGGGUUAUUCUUCUCUACGUUAUUGCUUCGCCUCACAUAUAUCAGCGCCUUAGACAAGAGAUGGUGGAAGCAAUAUCCGAAGGUCGAGCUUCGAGCCCAAUCACAGAUGUCGAGUCUCGACAAUUACCUUAUCUUCAGGGAGUAAUCUACGAGGGUAUCCGAAUUCGACCUGCUACAACAGGCAUGUUCUUUAAAGAUGUCCCAGCCGGCGGAGAGACGAUGCAUGGACAGUAUAUCCCACCUGGCACAUCAGUCGGCAUCAAUACUUCUUCCUUGUUGAGAUCCGAAGCACUCUUCGGCCCUGAUCCUCAGGUCUUCCGACCCGAGAGAUACCUUGAAGUCGAUAAAGAGACGAGCACUCAGAUGAAGCGGGAUGUUGAGAUUGUCUUUGGGUAUGGGCGGUGGAUGUGCGCUGGAAAGCCUAUUGCGUUUAUGGAGCUGAACAAAGUUAUCUUUGAGCUUCUUCGGGUUUUCGAUUUUCAGCUCGUUGAGCCUGAAGUGGCGAUGAAGUCGGAGAGCUAUAUGGUGUUCCACGACGAAAGGCUGGUACUGAGGGUCACGGAGAGAGACCAGUAA